AUGCGGUCUCUCACCUUUCCGUUCCUCCUACUCGGCACGAUCGGCUUGGCCAGUGCCGAGUCAGACAUAGGGAAGAAGAAGUGUUCAUCUGUCUAUCCUUCUUCAAGCUCGGCAGAUACCUCCGGAUCUCUAAGUGUCUCCGUAUAUUCGCCUGCUCCUACGGAAACUUCUUCACGAAAUUCGGACAGAGACAGUAUCAUUAGCUCGCUAAGCGGCAGCAGCGGCAGCGCCUCCUCCACGGAACCAAGUUUGACGCUCACAACUUCUGCCUCGGUCACCAGCUCUUCGGUUGCUGUGAAGACAGUAGUGAAUGAUGUUGGCAAUGGCAACUUUGGUUCUUAUGAUGCGAACAGCCCGGGAGGUAUUGCCAAUUGGGAUUCUCAAAACUGCGAACUUAAUCUACAAUAUGGGUAUCAAGGCGAUGGCAGUGCAGAUACUGGCUGUGUUCAGAUGACCGCAGGGCCAUCCGGGGGUCUGAGUAAGGCGAAGCGCACGGACUACACGGCCAUGAUCGAGCAGCAACUUGAAGAGGUUGAUGCAACAUCCCAAUACACCAUUCGAUUCUAUUAUACUAUUUUGUCCAACUCAUUGACGAACACAUGUAGAAUGGAGGCAUACUACGGAGAAGCGUUGCUCACUGUGUCUGACUAUUUCGACGUUGUGACUAACGGAGUGGCUGGAAACACCCCAUGGAUUGAGCUCGUGGAUGAGGUGGCACUAUCAUCAUCGGAUGGCUACAUCAGGUUCCAGCUGAGCUGUACGGGCGAUGGAUUUGCUGUGGUCUUCAUUGAUGAGGUCUUCGUGUCCAAUAAGGUGGAUGCGAGCAGCAAGGACAAUAUCAGUUUGCUGUUCACCUCCACCGGCUCAGCGGCCAGCAUGUCAUCCACAUCAACGUCAGAAUCCACGAUGACAACUGCGACUAUCGACUCGACAAGUACUACCAACUCAGCAACGGAGUCUAGUAGUACUGCAAGCGUCACAGUUGCAAGUGAAACUAGCUCAAUAUCAAGUUCGAGUCUGAUCGCUGCUUCAAGUACAACCUCUGAGUCCAUAUCAGCGUCUUCAUCUUUGUCUUCAUCCUCAACGCUAUCCUCAACAACUUCUUCUUCGAUGACCGGAUCUUCCGCUACCACCCCGACAAUGUGUGUCGCUUCGGCCUCAGCGACAUCCGGCUUAACUUGUGGAAGUCUCAUCUACACCAACAAAGGAUACUAUAAACAAGUGAGAGUGGCGGAUGUUACCCGCGAUCAGUGUGUUGCAGCUUGUCUGGCUGACUCCACAUGUCAAUCCAUAUCAUAUUAUUCAACACAGACCUGCAGUGCCACGUGUUUUCUCCAGAGCUCAAGUGUUGCUGCCAUGGGCUACACCUUCCAGCAUGGGUUAGGGUUCCCUGCGGUAUGGGACAGAGGCUGCUUCACCCAAACAGCAUGUGCCGCCCCUUCUGAGGGCUCUGUUUGUAUCGACAAGUGGGGAAGCGCACCCGCCUCGACAUGCAAGGCUAGCUUUACGGGUAACGCAAAAUCUUGUGCUCAACCUUUCAAGACUACGACCGUCAGCGGUUUAUGUGGUUCAGGGGCUUGUGCCGCCAUCUGCAAGCAGUAUCCUUCUUGCAAGACCUACUCCGCUACAUAUGGCGGGAGUGUUACUUGCAACUUUUACUCCGAAGACAUCAGUGACGUGGCAGAUUCCGCAUCCUCGGCAACGCUUUUUGCUGAUAUGUCUUGCUUGGAGUGCGGCGCAGGCUCGUCUGUGUUCAACUGGCUGAGUCCUCUUGCCGACCCCAGCUCUAUGCCGGAUAUGAGCUCUUGCACAUCCGGCAGCUCUUCGACCGCUUCGAUAAUCUCUUCUACUGCCUCUUCAACCACUAGCGUAACUACGGUAGAGAGCUCCACGAUAACUUCCUUGAUACCCACAUCGUCAUCGUCAACCACCACGACCACAACCACCGGCUCAUCCACGACUUCAUGUGUAACUUGUACUGCUGUACCUUCAGCUUCAGUUCCUUCCGGGUCGACGUGCGGUAUCCAAGGCGAUUAUCUGUAUCAAGAUGCUUAUGGAGUCUCUACUGGAUCCCAGAACUCGAUGAUGGAUUGCGCAGCCAUUUGUAACCAAGACUCAUCUUGCAAGGCGUAUGGCUACCGUGCGAACAGCAAUAUUUACUAUGGAUGCGCGUUCAUCCAAUCGAGUCUUUCAGAUGCUGGGUUCUUCACAACUACUUCAGGCAACUAUUACUGGAGUGACGAGUCGUGCGCAAGCUGCGGUAACAGUUGCUCGUCCUCGUCGACUUUGGCGACUUCUUCUGUCUCUGUAUCCGCUACCACAUCUAGCUUUGAAUCCACGACCACAGCAAGCAUGAGCGUUACUACUACCUCAUCAUCUUCUUCCGCUACAACUUGCACGAGCUGCACUGCGGAGCCGUCUGCGUCCACCGUUUUUGGUGUAUCUUGUGCCGAGAAAGGCACUGUUUCCAACUACACGCCCUACUCAUUCACGACUGCUGAAUAUCCAGGACAAAACUCCCUGAUGGAGUGUGCUGCUAUUUGUGCCCAGGUGCCCGGCUGCAAAUCUUACGGCCUAGACGUAUACAAUGUCGGCUGCAAGUUCCUCGACUACAGCCUGGCAGAUGCCGGGCUGGUCUCCACUGGCGCCUCAAACAUCUACUGGAGCGACAAGUGGUGUGCCACCUGCGGGCUAUGCGCAUCGUCGUCGUCAUCCUUCGGCCCUCUGAGCACAACACUAUCAACAUCCACGCUGUCUGGAAGCUCCUCGCAGACCACCUCCACCUCCACUUCCGCGUCGGCUUCGGCUUCGGCCUCAAGCAGCUGCGCGGUGCCUAGCGCGAAGCUGGUCGCUGGUGUCACAUGUGGUCUGCCCGGGUCCGACUCGUCGGCUAACACCAUCGAGACUGUGACUACAGCCGGUAGUUUAUCCGCCUGCGCUUCGCACUGUUUGCUCGCCACGGACUGCUUGAGCUUCCAAUAUUCGACACAGGAUACCUCGUGCCAUGUGUAUUCUACCUCACUAGCUAAUGACGGACUGGGUUUUAGUCUGAGCAGUACGAACUACUACUACGAUAGAGAAUGUUUCUACUGCUCAUAA